GAGAGAGGUGAGAGAGCAAGUGGAAUUUAGUAAAAAGACUGUAGAUAAAUCAGGCCAAAGUUUAAUAAAUAAAUAAAUAUAAUAAUAUCAAUUUUUUGUGAGAUUGUUAUCAACAACAUACAAGUUGUUUAGCCAAGGAAAAAAAAGAAAACAAUAAACCAAAAUAAAAAAUGAGAGUUGUGGCACUUGUCAGUGGAGGCAAAGACUCAAUAUUUAAUAUUAUCCAGUGUGUUGCUGCUGGUCAUGAUGUUGUUGCACUUGCUAAUUUAUAUCCAGUUGGAAAAGAUGAACUUGACUCGUUCAUGUUUCAAACUGUUGGACAUCAGGGUAUUGAAUACAUUGGAAAAGCCAUGGGAUUGCCAUUGUACAGAGAGCCAACAUUUGGAAAAUCUUGUAUGAGAGAAAAAUAUUAUACAAAAACUGAUGAUGAUGAAGUUGAAGAUCUAUAUCGUCUUUUGGCAAAAGUCAAGGAAAAAGAAAAUAUUGAUGCUGUUGCAUCUGGUGCUAUUCUCAGUGAUUAUCAACGUAUUCGAGUAGAAAAUGUAACAAGCAGAUUAGGCUUGGUAUCAUUGGCUUAUUUAUGGCGAAGAAAUCAAGAUGAUUUGUUGAAAGAAAUGAUUGCCUGUUCAAUGAAUGCUGUAUUGAUAAAAGUUGCAUGUCAGGGUCUUGAGCCAAAGCAUCUUGGUAAAUCUAUAAGUAAUAUGCAACAGACUCUCAAAAGACUUAAUGACUUGUAUGGAGUUCAUAUUUGUGGAGAAGGAGGUGAAUAUGAAACUUUUACACUUGAUUGUCCAUUAUUUAUCAAAAGCAUUGUUGUUGAUGAAUAUGAGAGUGUUAUUUCGUCAAAUGACAAAAUUGCUCCAGUUGGAUAUCUCAAUUUUAAAAAAAUACGUUUACAAGAUAAAGAUGAAAAUUUAGAAAAUAUGACGUUAUUAGAGAGACUCAAAAAUGUACCAAUAAAAACACCACAUGAUUAUAUUGCUGAAAUUAUUGGUCCAGAAUUACAGGAUGGCUGUAAUUUAUCUGACGAUGAUGAUGAAAAUAAUGAGACUGAAAAUGGUGAUACAAAGAGUCUUAAAUCGUCAAUUUCAGGUAAUUUUAAUGUUGCAAGUACAUUUGAAAUGAAAUGCAAUGAAGAAGAUUAUCCAGAUAUGCCAGUUUCAAAUCGUAAUAAAACUGGUUGGUAUUGGUUUGGUGGAAUUGUUGGAAAAAAUAUUGAUUGCCAACUUGCUAUGGAAGAAGCACUUGAUAAAUUAAGCAAUCUUGUUGAAAAUGAGGCAAUUGAAAUGACGAAUAUUGUUGGUGUAACAUUGUACAUCAAAGACAUGUCGAAAUAUUCAAUAAUAAAUCAAGUUUAUCAAUCAAAAUUUUCACAAACAAAUCCACCAGUUCGAGUUUGUAUUGAAUGUCCAUUGAAUUUUCCUGUUAUUUUGGAGGCUUUGGCUUACAAAGAGCUGGAUCAAACCAACGAGGAAAAAAUACUUAAAAGGCACACAAUGCAUGUUCAAAGUAUAAGUCAUUGGGCACCAGCAAAUAUUGGUCCUUAUUCACAAGCAGUUAGGGUUGGCCACAUAAUUGCAGUGGCUGGACAAAUACCCAUGGUACCUGGAAAUUUAAAUCUUCUUGAUUUAAAUAUUAAAAGACAAUGUCGUCUUUCAUUGAGACACAUUAAUCGUAUUGUCAAUGCCAUGGAUUCUUCAACUCAACUGAGGGAUAUUGUUCAAGGAAUAUGCUUUCUUACACAUCCAAGUUUUAUACCAGAAGCCAGAAAAGAAUGGGAAAAACGUACAAAUAAUGCAAUUGUUGAUUAUAUUGUUGUACCUAGCCUUCCACGUGGUGCUCAAGUUGAAUGGUGUGUUUGGGCACAUCGUGACAACAAUAGAUUUGAAUAUGAAGAAACUGGUAGAUGUAUCAGUAAUUUUAAAGUUGCAAUAAGAAGAAGAUGGAAUUAUGAAAAUGAUGUUUCAGCAGUUGUAUGCUACUUAUCAACAGGUUCAUCAAAUUCAACUGGUAAUUUAGCAGCAAAUGAAUCAUCAUCUUCAUCAUUAUCAUUGACACCAUUAGAAAUUAGUGAUGAAGGUUUACACGAGGCAUUUGAAUAUUUACUUGGUAAAUUAACUAAACAAUCAAAAACUGAAAAUCCAACUUGUUGUUUGAGAAUUUUUUAUAAAGCUGGAUGUACGCCGGGUCCAAAUAUCAUCCAAAGAGUUGUUGAUAAAUUUACCAGCAAAAAUCUUGUUAUAACAAUUAUACCAACUACUCAUUUACAUAAUUUUAAUACAUUUUUGUCUGUGUGUGGAAUUAGACACGAAUAGAAAAUGAUUAAUUUGUUUUCUUUUUCUUUUUUUAAACAAAAAACACUUUAUUUUACCUCAAGAAAAAUAAAAAUACUGGUCAAUUAAUAUUUUUGUCAACUAUUCAAGGUCAUUUGAUGAUUUAUUCAUUGAAAAAACAAUAGAAAAUUAUUUCUAUAUUAUGAUUAUCUAUUUUAUUUUUAUUUCCAUUAAGCUGAUUAAUUUUUUGAAAUUAAAAACUCGGUUUGUAUAUAAUAUCAACAAAAAUAAUAUUUGUUUUUUUAAAAAAAUUGUAGAUGAGAAAUGCGUGGAGUAAUGAAAUAAAUAAAUAAAUAAAUUUAGUACAAA